CAUACCGGGAAAACGAAAAUAGAGGGAAACAAGUAGAAGCACACCGACACUGGUAACUAGGAUAGUAAACUAGUAAACUGCGCUGGUGUUGUAGAAAAAGAUGGAAACUCUGAAGGCUGCGAUUCCCGAAGGCCUGAAGCGCAUGAUCGGUGAUAGCACCGUCGAUGAUCUUCGCGCCACCUCUUCCUCCCUCCACAGCUUCUUCCAUCACUUCGAGCCCUUCCACCAGUUACUCACUGAACUCGUGGAUCCCAAGCAUGCUCUCUGCGGCAAGAGCAAAGACGCUGCGCUCGAAUCCAAGCAGCUCGGAAACCAGUGCUUCUCCAAAGGAAAUUACGCCAACGCUCUUGAUUUCUAUACUCAGGCAUUGCGAAAGGCACCUUUUGAGGAUGGUGAUAUGGAAAAUAAUCUGGUUGCAACUUUGUAUAUCAAUCGAGCUACUGUAUUGCAUAAAAUGAGUCUUUUGACAGAGUGUUUGCGAGAUUGUACUCGUGCCCUUCAGAUAUGUCCAAGCAAUGCAAAGGCAUGGUACAGAAGAGGUAAGGCAAAUGCUUCCCUGGGAAAUUAUAAAGAUGCGAUGUGUGACCUAAAUAUGGCUAAAACUGUGGAAUCAUCAUUGAAUGGGAAGAGACAAAUAGAAAGUGAGCAGAAAAAUAUUUUUGACCAAUGCAAGAGCACAAGCACAGUAAGACAACGUAAGGAGAACACCUUGACUACAGUGGGUGAGGUUCCCCAAGUAAUGCUACAGUGUGUCGCCAUACCUGAGAAAGGAAGAGGCAUGGUAUCAUCAAAUGACAUUUCACCUGGUUCUUUGGCUCAUAGUGAAGAACCUUAUGCUGUGAUAAUAUUAAAGCAAUGCCGGGAAAGUCAUUGCCACUAUUGCUUGAAUGACCUACCUGCUGAUAGGGUACCCUGUAGAUCAUGUUCCGUACCACUGUAUUGCUCCCAGCAAUGCCAGACACAGGCUGGUGGGCAAGUCUUAAGGAUUUUCCCAGAAGUUCACAGCAUUAUUGAGAAGUUACCCAGUGACCUUGGAGAGUAUGCUGACAAAGUUAUUCAAGGUCAUGAUUCCAAAUGUGAAACUGAGAAUAUCACUGAACAUAAGCAUGAAUGUCAUGGUGUAAAUUGGUCUGCAGUACUGCCAUCAGAGGUGGUUUUAACUGGCCGAAUACUGGCAAGGUUUUUACUAGAGAGGACAUCAGAAAAUAUUACGUACUUUGUGGAGAAGCUGGAGCUUUCCCAUUGUUAUGAACAUAUGCUGCCUGAAAGCAAAUUAUUGAAUCAUUUAGCUCUCGUAUUCAAAUUUUAUGUAAUUUUUUGUCUGACAAUGCAGGUUGUUAUAAUUAUUUCUCAAAUGAAAGUGAAUUGUAUGACUGUUGUUCGUUUAAAAUCAAAAGAUGCUUGCGGACUAUCCAAUCAGUUUGGAGAUUUUCCAUCCUGUCCAUACUUAACUAGUAACGUGGAACAGGUCAGGGUGGGUAAAGCUAUUUAUAAAGCUGGAAGUUUAUUCAACCAUUCUUGCCAACCAAAUGUUCAUGCAUAUUUUAUUUCACGUAAUUUGUGUAUACGGACAACAAAAGCUAUACCUGCUGAGGGUCAUCUGGAGUUGUCUUAUGGUCCACAGGUUGGGUUCUGGGAUUGUAAAGAUCGCCUUAAUUUCCUCAAAGAGGAGUACAUGUUUCAGUGCCAGUGUACUGGUUGUUCUGAAGUCAAUCUAUCCGACAUUGUCCUCAAUGCAUUUUGUUGUGUCAAUUCUAAUUGUUUUGGUGCAGUCUUGGAUAGCAGAGUAGUUAACUGUGAAAAGCAGAAAAUCAAGAAUUUCAUGAGCCAUUUAAAGAUAGACAAGAAUGAUGACAUUCAUAAAGUGCUCAACCAAAAUGAUGCCUCCCAUCAUAUUCAACCUGGAUACUGUCUGAAGUGUGGUUCUUACCGUGAUUUGGUGCCUUCACGUGCUGCAGUUGAUAAAGCUUUAAUAUUCAUAAAAAGGUUACAGGAUGCAAUAUUAUCAAAAGAAAUUUUAAAUACCACAAUUGCAGAUGCUUUGAGAUCCUUACGUUUGCUAAGAUCAAAUUUGCAUGCCUAUAACAGGCUUAUUGCAGAGGCAGAGGAUAACCUUGCACAGGCCUUUUGUUUGUUGGGAGAAUUUCAAUUAUGUAUGGACCAUUGUAAAGCAUCCAUCAAGAUUCUAGAGAAGUUGUAUCAUCCUGAUGAUAUAGUAAUUGCGUAUGAACUUGUGAAGCUUUGUUCGAUCCAACUUUCCGUAGGAGAUGGUUCUGCAAUGGAUAGCAUAAACCGGAUUGGUGAUAUCUUCUCAUGUUAUUAUGGACUUCAUGCUGACUUGGUUUUCCCGUAUCUUCAAUACCUUAGGAGAUAAAUUUAGAAAUUUUCAGGAGGGGUCUCUAAUUAAAUGCUUUUGCGCCAGUGAGAUAUAAAAUGUGAAGUACAAUCUUAAAUAACAGCUCAAGUGACUGGAGAUUUGAUGUGAAAGAUAUAUAAUAGUCUGGCCUCGAGAAAGAUUGCCUGAAGCUCACUUGUGCAGUUUGGCAAAUCAACCUCUCGUGCAUUUGUAAAUAUGGUGUCCUUGAAUAUCCAGAUAUCCAGAGGCCAAUGUGGUUGCAAGACACGAUACGAAUAUACGAUACUAGCUGUUAAUGACCGACUUGGUUCCCUCUUUAAGCUAUUAGGUACAUGUGUCUACUAAACUGCAUUUACCUCUUACAUUUUGGUAAAGGGUAGACCGGCAUUGACAGUAACGGACAUGUUUACCCUUUUUUUAUGUUUGUCCGAACGGACAAGUUGACUUUAGGGAUUCUAAAGCUGCAUUUUGUUUUUGCAAAAGCAAGUAAAAUAAAUGUAUGAAAUAAUCAUGCGGCAACAUAGCCUAUUAAGGUUGAUUGUUUUAGUUA